AUGCGCCAGGUUUUGACCUCACCGGAAGGAGGAUAUUACACCACUCAGGAGGGUGGAGCUGUCUUCGGUAAACACGGUGACUUCGUCACGUCACCUGAAAUCUCUCAAGUGUUCGGCGAGUUGAUCGGAAUCUGGACAAUUGCGGAAUGGAUGGCUCAGGGCCGGACGAGAAGUGGUGUUCAACUGAUGGAGGUUGGUCCGGGCAAGGGAACCCUCAUGGAUGAUAUGUUGCGGAGCUUCUCUUCCAGCGUCGAAGCUAUAUAUCUCGUUGAGGCUAGUCCGACUUUGCGACAGCUCCAAAAAUCAACCCUUUGUGGCGAAGAGGCGGCGAUGGAGGAGACGGAUAUCGGUCACCGGAGUAUGUGCAAAUACUUUGAUGUGCCGAUCAUCUGGGUAGAGGAUAUUCGUUUGUUGCCACACGGUAAGUCAAAAAGGCAGAGCAGUAGCUAUGGAGAGAGCAAUUGGCUAAUAUGUUACUUAUCAGAGGAAGGAAAGACCCCCUUCAUCUUUGCACAUGAAUUCUUCGACGCACUUCCCGUCCAUGCCUUUGAAUCUGUCCCCCCAUCUCCCGAGAACGAACCGCAGCCCAAGGAGAUCAUGACUCCGACCGGACCGCAGAAGUUACAUGAGCCAUUGAAGGUUGCUAAUACCCCUCAGUGGCGAGAGCUACUUGUCACCUUGAAUCCCAAGGCUGUUGAAGAAAACAUCGAGGGCGAACCCGAAUUCAAAUUGACCAAGGCGACGGCCUCGACCCCUAACUCCCUCGUGAUCCCCGAGGCCUCCGAGCGCUACCGCGCACUCAAAUCACAGCCUGGCUCAACAAUUGAAGUCAGCCCGGAGAGCCGCAUCUAUGCCGCAGACUUCGCCCGUCGUAUCGGUGGCGACGGUGCACCUACCCGGUCUGCGAAGGCUGAUGCCCAAGAACCGGUUAAGAAGACACCUUCAGGAGCAGCUUUGAUCAUGGACUACGGCACUGCCUCCACUAUUCCAAUCAACUCUCUACGUGGUAUUCAAAACCAUGAGAUUGUGCCAUUUCUGUCAUCGCCUGGCCAGGUUGACGUCAGUGCGGAUGUUGACUUUACUGCUCUUGCCGAAGCUGCUCUAGAGGGAAGCGAGGGCGUUGAGGUUCACGGACCUGUGGAUCAGGGUGACUUUCUUUCAGCGUUGGGGAUUGAAGAGCGUAUGCAGCAGCUUCUUCGGAAGGUCAAGGAUGAAGAGCACAGAAAGACUCUAGAAACCGGCUGGAAGAGAUUGAUUGAGAAGGGCGGCGGCUCUAUGGGUCAGAUCUAUAAGGUUAUGACCAUCGUUCCGGAGAACGAAGGCCAGAGACGUCCUGUUGGGUUUGGAGGGGGUAUUGGAAUGCCUUGA